AGACGCUAGCCUCAGGAGGUUUGGGGCCAUUCAUGGAAAGCUAAGAAGCUAACAGACGAAGACAAGAACGACUUUCUCUUCAGCACUUAACAUAGAAGUUCACUCACUUUCGUUCUUCAAGGCCAUUUACACAGCGUUAAUUCCGAAAAGAUAUGGCCGCGGAUUGGUUGGGUAGUUUGGUGUCUAUUAACUGUGGACCAACGCUGGGAGUCUAUCAAGGAGAAGUUUCAUCCGUGGACCAGUCCAGCCAAACCAUCUCCUUAAGACAGCCUUUCCACAAUGGAGUCAAGUGCCCCGUUCCUGAGGUCACAUUCAGUGCCAUUGACAUAAAGGACCUAAAGAUUUUAGAUAUCAGAAACGGCAAUGCCAGGAUAAAUUCCACUGCAUCUUCGAAGGUAAACAGUGUGCCAGUUGCAGUCCCAAAGGCUGACCCCAGAUUAGUGGAGAAACUUAACUCUCCACAGCACUGCUCUAAAAGUUAUGGAGAGCGUCACCUGGAUGUACCAGGCCAGCCUAAAGGGUUUCGCCGAAGACAUAACUCCUGGUCAUCUAGCAGUCGAGGGGUCAACCAGGUCACGCCGAAGAAGAAUGGCGUGAAGAACGGGCAGAUGAAGCACAGAGACGACGAGUGUUUUGGAGACGGCAUGGAUGACGGCCUGGACACAGACUUUGAUUUUGAAGGGAACCUGGCUCUUUUCGACAAAGCCGCGGUCUUCUCGGAGAUCGACAUAUCGGAGCGUCGCAAUGGUGCGAGGUCGCGUGGGACGCCUCAGGAUCAGACGCCCGCACGUUACCGCCACGAUGAGAACAUCCUGGAGGCCAAACCUAUUGUGUACAGACAGAUUACGGUGCCACAGCCUGGGGCCAAAGAAUACUGCACUGACUCGGGACUCGUUGUACCCAGUAUAUCCUAUGAACUGCACAAGCGUUUGUUGUCUGUCGCCGAGCGCCAUGGACUCUCCCUGGAGCGAAGGCUUGAGAUGACUGGCGUGUGUGCCAGUCAGAUGGCACUUACAUUGCUAGGAGGCCCCAACAGAUUCACUCCCAAAAAUUUACACCAGCGUCCCACAGUGGCGCUGCUGUGUGGCCCCCACGUUCAGGGAGCUCAGGGCAUCAGCUGCGGCCGUCACCUGGCCAAUCACGAAGUGGAGGUCAUUUUGUUUCUGCCGAACUUUGUCAAAAUGCUCGACUGUGUCACCAGCGAGCUCACACUCUUCAACAAGACUGGUGGCAAACAGGUGUCCAGUAUCAAAGACCUUCCAGACACCCCAGUGGACCUAAUCAUCAACUGUCUGGACUGCCACGAGAACACAUUCCUGAUGGAUCAGCCUUGGUACCGAGUGGCUGCCGACUGGGCCAACCAGAACAGAGCCCCGGUGCUCAGCUUGGAUCCCCCCGUUAGCGGACAGGGGCAUGCUGUUGAGGCCAAGUGGUCCCUCUCUCUUUGCCUCCCGCUUCCCCUGGGCGAUGGGGCUGGCCGGGUCUACCUGUGUGACAUAGGCGUUCCUCGCCAGGUGUUCCACGAAGUGGGAAUCAAAUACCAUUCGCCCUUUGGCUGCAAAUUCGUCAUCCCCUUGCACUCCGCAUAAUGCGUCUAAUGGUCAACGUGGCAGAAUGAAUCUUUCACCUUCCUUGACCAUCUUGGUUUUGGCGCCUUAUAUUCCAGAGCUUCAGCUGUUUUUCAGUUCAUCCAUGGUUUUUUGUAAAGCUACAGGGACUUGUCCCUCAUACUGAAGGACCACUGUUCGGCACAUUAUUCCUACAAGGUUCAAGUGCAUAUAGAUAACAAAGGAAAAGCUUUCGAAUUUCGAAUGUUUUUUGAGAAAUGGGUGUCUUUGUCAUCGGAGGCGAAUAAUCUAAAUAAGAUUAUAACUGGAGUGUAAAAAAUAAUGUUCACUUUUGAAUUGAGUUGGACAAUCUCUGAGCUAGAAAAGCUUUGAAUCUAAACUUCAAUGUCAUCUGGUUAAUAAACACAUCUACCAUUUAAUAGAUGCCUAUACAAAGCUGAUACCUUAAUCUGAAGCUGACAUCAAAUAUGCAGCGUACACUGGUUUUCCAUUGUUGGUGGCUUUGCUCGUAGCUUGCCAUACUUUGCAGCACUCAGUUACUGUUGUCUGAUGGUUUAGUCGGAUAAAAUUUGAUAAAUGUCUUUUGUUUCUAUGAGUGUAAUGCUGUGUUUUAAGUCCAGGCCAGUGUUGUUGAGUGGAGCGGCUUCUCUAGAUAAUCAUCGGCUGUGACUCUAAGGGCUCUGAGAACACUGAUGGAGCGUGAAAAUCAUUUGCUGCUUUUAGUAAGCAUUUUGGUGAAAAAUGUUUUUUUUUUUUUUCGUAUCAUUUUGUUACAGAUCUACGAGAUGAAACACUCUGCCAGGAUGUUUAAAAGUCUCUGCUCCUUCAAUAGAAAAUCAUGUGUAUUUGUACAGAUCAUUUGAAAGUGUAUCUUCUCACCAAAUACAGCUAUGGAAGUCAGAUUUAAUGUAUUUUUUCUACAGUUUCGUGUAGAUAUUAUCCAUUCAGUCCUGUGCUACUUAAAAAAAGAAACUAGCGGACUCAAAAACACUGUUAUAUUCUGUAAUCUCUAACAGCGAACAUCAAGAGUCUUGAUUUCAGUAUAUUUGCCUGUUGAUGCAGUUCAAACGCCUGUGUUGCGUUACACUAACAGGAAAUGAUGCACACUUGAGCAUGUUGUGCAAUGGAUGGGUAACUUUAUGUUGUACAAGAGUUGAAAGAAGCCAGCAGAUGCCUGGUGCAGUACGGCAAAUGAGUCAUAUAUGGGCUGAAAACCACUGGCUUGAUCUUAAACGUUGAAUUACAACCGCAGGUUUCAAUGUUUUUUUUAUGAAAGUUAUCAAAACAGCUUGUUUGAAUGUGUUCAGAUACAUCUUAGAACGAUUUGUGCCGAUCUACACGCCCUGUUCGAACCAGAAAGUUUGGAUCUCUGUUGAAAACAAUUCUGAAAUGAUCAAGUAUUCCUGCUGAUGUACACGAAUGGUAUUCAAGUUUACUUUAACUGUGAAUUGUAAUUCGAGAAGAGCCACUUAUUUUGCUUUCUGGGGGCUUUGACAGAAGGGCUGGUGCUGCAUAUCUUGCAGGAUCAAGUCAAACUAUUUGCUCGUUUCUUUUCGACCAGGUUGAUCUGAAAUGUGUCUAGGUCCGGGGGGGCAUCGACAUGUCCACACUUUUUACGUCGUGUACUUGUGCACGUCAGUCUGCUCAGGAUUCAUUUGCUGAUUCAGUGAAAAUCGCUCUUAUGCACAAUAGUUAAGUCCUUUCUCCAACAUUCCUCUGCCCUGAUGUGUAAUGGCACAUCUGUUGAGACAAGUCUGGUUUGGAAACAUCAGCAUGAAUGAAUGUGGAUAGAAAGAGUUUUGUCCGAGUUUGGCCACCAGGAGGCGGCGACACCAUCUUUAUCAUGUUUCUUUUUCGGGUUGCUCUUCCUUAUUCCGCUGUAAUGGCAGCUUUGUGUACUUACAGUUCUCAGAUUAUGGUGUUAUUUCUCUACAAAAUGUGAACAGUCGGAGAGCGUGGGUUGAUUUGAAUGAAAUGGAAGUUGUGAAAGUCGGAUUCUCUCUCUUUUUUAAGCUUUUUGAGAUUGUUUACAUGUUUCAGCUCUCCACAGCGGGUGUUCAGUCUUUUCAAGAUCACUUUACAGUUCAAAAACAUCGCAUUAAACAGACAGUGGGCGUUUUUUGUCUACGUAGGACAAGCUGUUUUAUUAUGGGAUAAAGUUCAUUGUCCGGGUUCCUGUGCAGUCCUCUGUGUCACAUCUGCAGAUCGGAACAAUAAAAAAAAUAUAUAUAUAUGAAAA